AUUUAUUUCCCCAAAAAUAUAGGUUUGUGGGUUGAGUAGUUGUAGUUUUGAGAGAUGGAAGAGGUAGGUGCACAAGUCUCCCCUCCGAUCUUUAUCCAUCAAACUCUUGGGGGGGAUCGAUUCCGUGAGGCAAAUCCCAUGGCAACCAAGCGUAGUCUACCAUUUCAUGCCCCUAAUUUUCAGCAGCAGCAACCCGGGUUGACCUCCGGGUACAACUGGAACGCCAAGGACUGGGUUUGGGAUAGUGUCAGCUUCAUUGCCAAACCAAUGGAAUCUGAUGUAUUAUCUCUUGCUACUGCAACACCGGUCCAGCCCCAGUCGCGACCCGGGCAACACAGAAAAAGUGACAGGGAAGGGAGUGGGCUUCCCACGUUAUUGAAGAAGAACCCUGUCAAUGAAGAUGAUGAAAGCCUUCGGUUGAAGCUUGGUGCCGGCUUGAAUUCUUUUGAGGAGAGUGUGUCAAGGCCCAACAAGAGAGUCCGAUCUGGAUCUCCCGGCAGUGGUGGUGGUGGCAGUGGCAGUGGCAGCUAUCCAAUGUGUCAAGUUGAUAACUGCAGGGAAGAUCUGUCAAAUGCUAAAGAUUAUCACCGGCGACAUAAAGUGUGUGAGGUUCACAGCAAGUCAAGUAAAGCCUUAGUGGGAAAAGAGAUGCAAAGGUUCUGCCAACAGUGCAGCAGGUUUCAUCCUCUUACUGAGUUUGAUGAGGGAAAGCGAAGUUGUAGGCGUAGACUCGCUGGACACAACCGUCGAAGGAGGAAAACUCAGACAGAGGAUGUGUCCUCAAGCAUGUUACUCCCUGCAAACCAUGAUACCUCAGGAAAUGGAGAUUUAGACAUUGUUAAUUUGCUAACAGUUUUGGCUCAUGCACAAGGUAAAAGAGUUGGAUAAUCUCUCUCUCUCUCUCUCUCUCUCUCUCUCUC